AUGGACCAUGAAGUGGUGAGAAAAGAAUACAUUCAAAGAGGUCCUUGUCAACCAAAGAAGCACAAAAUUUCCAAGACGGAAUUUGAAGAAGGUAUUAUGCGUCGCUUUAAUCCUUAUUGGUUUAAGAAGUAUGCUUGGCUUGAGUAUAGUGUUUCAAAAGAUUAUGCGUAUUUCUUUUAUUGCUAUUUGUUUAAGAAUGAAACUACUAAAGUAGCGGGAGGAGAUGCGUUUGUCAUAAAUGGCUUUCAAGGUUGGAAUAAGCCAUGUAGGUUAAAGAAGCAUAUUGGCGGUGUUAAAAGUGCUCAUAAUCAAGCUUUUGAAAAGUUUGGAAAUUUGAAGAAUCGACAAAAUUCCAUUCAAGCUUCUUUAAACCAACAAUGCGAACAAGUUAAAAGUGAAUAUGAAAUUCGUUUGACUACUUCACUUCAUUGUUUGAGGUUUCUUUUGCUCCAAGGUUUGGCAUUUCACGGUCAUGAUGAAUGUGAAGAAUCAAGUAAUAAAGGAAAUUAUUUAGAACUUUAUAUUUGGUAUGCGGAUAAGAAUGAUGAAGUUGGAAAUGUUGUUUUGAAAAAUGCUCCUAAGAAUAAUAAAUUGAUUGCACCUAAAAUUCAAAAGCAAAUUAUCAAUUGUCGUGCCAAAGAAACUACUAAGGAAAUUGUGGAAGAUCUUGGUAAGGAUUAUUUUGGAAUACUAGUGGAUUAG